UUCGAGGAUUUUAAAUGAUGAAAGCCGAUCCUUUAGAAGCGAUUUUCUGAGCUCUAGUUUACGUUGUCUUUGCUUUAUUCUGUCUACAAAGAAACGGAAGGCUGACUUCCUGUUUAGACCUUCCCGUUUCAGUACCAAAUUGAAGUAAAUUUUUAAAUCCAAUUCCUUUCUGCUCGCAAAUCCUUAUUUAAAAUCCAAUUUGUUCAGGGUUUAAGUACUCACGGGUGCUUAUUUUAGAAGCCAAAUUGUCCCAGGAAAAAGGCAGCGCUCUCCGGCAAGGGCUAUGCGGCAACGCUCCACGGAAAUAGCAGUUGACUCACAGCACCGCGCCGCUUCCCCCUCUUCGCUUCGGAGCCCGUUAGUGGGUUCCUUUGCGGGUUGGGGGGGCGCUAAGGGUGCCCGCCGAGUCCCAUGGUCACAGGCUUCAUCCGCCUGUGAUUUUUAAAAGGGUCCCCGCUUCGCCGUAGCGGAAAAGACCCGUUUCGCGCAGAGCUAGUCCCUCCAGUUCAGAGGGAGUCCGCCAUUGCCGAUGGCGCCACCCCGGAAGUCCACGAGGAUCCCUUCUGACGCCACAGUUCUGUGAUCCUAGUGGCUCUCAGCUGCAAUGCCAUUCCAGUACAAUGGAUUCCAUCACUAAUUUAAGCACAAUGGAUUAAAAUUUUUAAGUUUUCCACAGCGAACGUUCCACUUAAGCCCAUGUAUGCCUGUGUGGUGGACAGCAGAGCCAGACCAGAGUCUGGUGGUGGAGUCCUUCUAAAACCCCAGCAGAGUGCUGAAGCCUCUCUCUGGUGGACUACGGAGCCAGGUAGCCACAGAGUGGGGAGGAACAGCGCUUUUGGGGGAGGGAGGGAUAAAAGCAGCAGUUUCUGUGUGAGUGGCAGCUGAUAACACACAAGUCCGGUUAAUUAAAAGGGUUGGUUUAUUGGUAAAUUGUAGAAAUUCAUGUAAUUGGUGUACCGUGAGGAGGAUGCACUAUAUUUAAUUGGGGGCGGUUGGCGGGAGCACAUCCGCCACAUUAUUAAUGGACGGAUUCGCUGCCGUCUGCACAGAGAGUAAAAGUCCUGUGUUUCACAGUGCAUGGAAUCAACUGCCAAAGAUGCGUAAUGGAGAAGCCAGGGCUGCCAUGCUCUCCUGCAGACGGAAUCUGCUCAGUGACGGAUGGUGGGGGAUGUUUUACUGAGAAAGAGUACAAAGGUAAGGAGAACUUGCAGCGUGCUUCUUUUCUGUGUCUGUGUGUAUAUGCACCUGUAUGUGGCGACACCAAUUUAUACCUCUGUCCCUGUCCACCACAGGCAGUCAUGUGCAAAUAAUCUGAGGCCCCAGAGCCGGCCCUGCCAUGAGGUAGACUGAGGAGAAUGCCUCAAGCAGCAGAAUAGAGCAGGACCCAGGAGCAGCAAAAUCCCACCACUAGGGUGUUUUUUUUAUGCUGCCGUGGUCUAUAGCGUAGGCUGGGUGAGCUCUCUCCCUCAGGCUGUUCUCUCCCUCUUCCAGACAGUGCGCUGAGGACUGGCUCACUCCUGAAACCCCUGCCCACUCUGCUACUGGGGCGAGAGCAGCAGCCAAGAUUGGCUGCUGCUCCUCCUUGCCCUUCUUCUUUAAUCCCCAGCUGCCGCCUUCCUGAACUUGGGUGCUGGGCAGCAGGGCCAGGCACCAGGAAGGAUCUGCCUUCCCUGAGCGCUAAUUUGGGGUCCUGCUAUAGAGGGGGAGCCUCCUGCCCCUCCAGGAGCAGGAGCAGCUGCCAUUGCCACCAGCAACCCAACCUCAGUAGCACUUUCUUCUCAGUAUACAUGCAUAGGCUCAGGUUGUAUAGUUGCAAUCCUCUACGCCGGUGGUGUUGAAUUAGCUAAGUACUGUGGAGCCCCUACUUUUGAAAAUGUCAGUAUCUCUAUGGUAGUUUUUGUUAUGUUAAUGGAAUAUCCUCCAACAUCCCGGUGAUGCAAAUUGGGAUAUGGUCUGGUCCCUCAACGCAAUUAAAAACCACCUCUAUCUUGACAACGCCCCCAUCUUCUGCGCAGAUAUAUGCACCCCACUCAGUGACCCCUCGCUUCCCACUGGGCACCUCAACAGAGGCCUUGCCCCUCACUCAUACACCCUCUACUCGUUCUCCCCCUGCACCAUCCAACUGAGAGGGAAAGUGUGUGUGUGUGUGUGUGUUGCAGAAGGUAUUCAGCUGAAAGGGAAUUGUGCAGAGGAUGCUAUCUCCAACCCGUUCAUUUCAAUAGCCUUUUUAAGGUUCACUAAAGAAAAAGUAGCAGGAAGGUGAAUAAUUGCCUUAUAUUAUUAGUAUUAUUAAAUUUGCAUGCUGCCCUUCAUCUGAAGAUGAACAGGGUGGUUCACUUUGUUGGGAACCCAGCCAAAUGGGUGGGGUAUAAAUAUUAUUAUUAUUAUUAUUAUUAUUAUUAUUAUUAUUAUUAUUAUUAUCUAGUGGAAUAGGGUGCAAACUACUACGUGUAAACUGAUUUGAGCAGCAAUACAACAGGCCAUCCAAGCAGGAAUGACAGCUGGGCUCAGGAAGAACCUGAAAAAGCCCUGGGCCCAACUGACCCUUAUGCUCUGCAAAUGGUGUUAUAAAGAAGGCUGGUUCUGCUGUAUUCUGUCACACCUUCCCAACAUUCUGUCACACUCUGGUGUGGCAAACUAGCAAGAUUCAAAACUGAACAGCAAAGUAUGUAUCAGCAGAUCUGACUCUCCAUUGCUGAAAUCACUGGGUGGUCCAUUCCUAAUGCACUAUAUACAAAAAAUGUGAGAUGGGUCUUACACCAGGUGAUCCUGACAGUAGCACAGGUACAGUGGUACCUUGGGUUACAGAGGCUUCAGGUUACAGACUCCGCAGGAGGCCCCAUUAGCUAAAGUGGUGCUUCAGAUUAAGAACAGUUUCAAAUUAAGAACAGACCUCCAGAGCGUAACCCAAGGUACCACUGUAUUAGGAAAUACCUCAUAAGUAACACAAAGAUGCCUUCUUCUCUCCAAAAUCCCAGAUGGCAGAGUGAAGACAAUAACCAAGGGCUGUUAUGUAGAUAAUUCCAGAUGUGAAACCAAAUGGAUAAAUCAUGCAGAUGGAAUUGAACAUGAGAAACGCUGCUGUGCCAAAGACAAUUGCAACAACAAAUGGUAGAGUGUGGAUGAAGACACACGUAACAGUUAAGGCUGAAAUCCUACCAACACCUCUUGUGGAUUAAGCACCAUGGAACUCAGUAGAAUUUCCUUCUGAUUAAACAUUCAUACAAUUACUCUAGAUGAAAAAUUGCAUCCCUUCUUCUUUAAUAUUGUAAGACACCCUGAUGAUUGUGUUGUAGCGCCACCUAUAAAUUCUGUGAA